UAAAACCCUCUUCCCUUCCGCCCUCGGGCUGCACCGAAACCGCUCCGCUCCGCUCCGGGACGCUGCACGCCGUGCUCUGCUCUCAUCUCCACCGCUUACCGCUGCUCUCCCCCUGCUUCUCACUUUCACUCCCAUUGGUUUCAUGUUCCCUUUGCCAGGCGGAAAAGCUUUCAAGCUUAUCCAGCCCAGCAGCAGAGUUUAUCCUGGUUCCACCCACUGGGACUUUCCUAGCUUCCUUCUGCACAGCGAGGGGGGGAGAAAAAAAGGCAGACAGUGGCAUGCAGCAGGCACCUCGGGUAGCGCGGGGAAAGCGGUGCUCUCUUUCCCUGAGCUAGGUUUCUAUUGUAGGCGGUGCAUUCCUUGGGAGGGAGGGUGUGUGUGUGCGGUGCCUUCCCACACUCAAGGCAGCUCUUAUUUAAUGGGGGUCUCCAUGCAGGGCAGAAGCCAGAAGAGAUUUGGCUGGUCCCGCUCCCAUUCAGGGAACAGCAGCUCCCACGUCAGGCACCGGCAUGGACCGUGUGGCGGAGAUAGCCCUGGAGGAAGAGGCUGCUAUGACCAGCCAAGCCUCCAGGAUGCACCUCACGGAGGAUUUGCGGAAAAUACGAUGCGGCGUGUUUCUGUGCCUGCUCUCCGUGCUGGUCCUCACGCUGCCCACAGCCUAUCUGCUGGCAGGAAACCUCCGAGCCCCCAGCACAUGCUCCAACCAGGUCGCAGAUGAGAGGGGCUCUCUGUUUCUGAAGCAGCGGGCACUGGCUACUGGUACAGAUAUGCUUUCCAGUGCAGAAAAGCCAAGAGCACACCUGACAGUGAAAAAACAAGACUUUGCCAACACCGUGGGAAACCAGCUGCCGAUCCUCCAGUGGGAAGACAAGCGCGGCUUGGCCUUUACCAAGAACAACCUGAGUUAUUUCAGCAACACACUGGUGAUACCUGUGUCUGGGGACUACUAUGUCUAUGCUCAGGUCACUUUCCGAGGGCCCAUUGAAAGUUCCAGUAAAACAAAUUCUGUUACUGAGAUCAUCACCAAAGUCACUGACAGUUACCCCGAGCCCACCCAGCUGCUGACUGGCACCAAGACCCUCACUGAAAAAGGGAACAGCUGGUUCCAGCCUAUUUAUCUAGGCGCUGUGGUUUCCCUAGAAGCAGGGGACAAGCUAAUGGUCAACGUCAGCGACAUCAAGCUGGUUGAUUACACUAAAGAGCACAAAACUUUCUUUGGUGCUUUUUUACUGUAGGGCUCUGGCAGCAGCUGGCAGGGGCUUCCCUCCUGGGUCCCAACGUCACUUGGUGAACCUCGACUCUGAGCAUGCCUCGGGGUGCUGCUCUGUGCUCUUAACCUUCUGCAUUGUCCCUCACCUGCAGCCCAGCACCCCUGCAUCCUUCAGUUAAGGGGCAGGGAAAGCUGAAGCUGCAGGCUGAAUUGGAGCGAGCCCAAAAGCCCCAGAAAAAUUGAAGUCGGGGGAAGGAAAAUAUAUUUGCAGAUAAAAACUGAGAGCUCUCUGAAAUUUUGUAAACUGGGGAGGAACAGUUUACAUUUGUGGGGUAGGAAUAUUGAGUAGGAAUAUUGAUCUUGAAUAAUACAGCUGAGCUAUAUCAGUAGUUACACUGCCAAUAAGCCAUUUCCUCACCUCAGAAAAGUAUUUUAAACUUUCCCCAGCAUUUCCAGUAUAAUUUUACAUGACCUUUCUUCAGAUUCUGUGUACUAAAAGGUAAUUACUUUUCAUCAUUUCCUUAUGAAUAGACUUUGCACUAAUAUAAAGCCCAGUUUAAUCAUUAACUGCCUAAUUAAUCCCUUCCAACUUCCCUGUAAAGUAGAUUCAAAUUAUACCUUGUGGUUUGCAGAAGCUACCUGAAAUUUUUUUCCAGGAAAUUGUUUACAGUUUAAGUCAACGUACAGCCCCAAACCUUUAUGUAGAAUUUUUAGGAAACACGCAGAAACACUUUUUGUUUCAGCACAACAAUAGAUGUCUCUCUCAAAUCCUAACAUUGGGAAACAUAAAAAGCAAGGAGAGUGAAGAAUCUGGCAAAAUUUUUCGAAAGUUUUAAGGCAGCUACUGAAAUUUUAAGAGAAGUCUCUGCAAUAUUUUGCUUUCCAUUCUGUGGAACGCAAAGCAAGUGCAGUUAAGGAAACCACUUUCUUGGUGCCCUCCGUGCAACCACUGUCAAUGCUACAGCAGUCCCCUAAAGACAAAGGGCUCCCCAGCCUUUCCCAGGGUGAAGGCUGGCAACCAGCCAGCCCCUCCACAAGGUCAGAAGAUCCAAAGGCAAGACCAUGGCAUGCCCCAGCCAGGCGCAGAGCUCAGGAAUGCUUCGCUUCCCAUCUUGCACUUCCUUACUUUCAUAGACCUUACGGUGUCCCAGGGAAAUUCCCCAGCUUUCCUUCUCUUCCCACAAUAAAUAAAUCACUGGCAAUGACUCAAGUCAUGUUCUAAUACAUUCAAGCUUUACACUCCUAAGUUCUAGGAGGUCUCAAGCUCUCACACUUGAGCGCUUCCCAACCUGCCCAUCUGCAGGAUCUGGCCAAUGGCCAAGCUUGUCCCUCCGCAGCUCUUUGCUUCCUGCCUUGCCUCACGGUACUACUGCUGCUCUCUGCUCUGCGGCCAGAAGUCACAGCAAGGCUUGAUUGACAGCUUAACAUUUUCAUUCAGAGCCAUGGUGGUACCAAAAGCUGUUAGUGUCAGAGAGGCACUGAGGUUGGGGAGGACGUAGGACUGGGCAUGGGGAGUUGUAGCUGAAGAGGUCACAUAGACAGAGAAAUUCUCCACAGGAAACAACCCCCCCCCCCCAGAAGGCAGAGAGGCCAGGCUGUUCCCUCCACAGCACGCCUUUCCUAGCAGGAGACUAUAUAUUACAAAAAGAUCUGUCUGAGUGGACAAGAAAAAGUCACUAGCACAACUAGAGCAUACAGCACAGGGAAAGGCCAAGGCAGACUGGGGACAUGGGAGCCAAGGAGCAGAGGGAGGUGGAAGAGCCAGGCAGCACCACGAUCCCUGCAUCUUCACAGUGGGGUGUAAGCACCUUUGUGCUGACAACGUGACUGUUCCUCAACCUAGCAGACCUGUUGGGUAGUAAACUAUCUCGGAAAAGCAGGCUGUCUGACCAUACUUCCCUGCUCCUCAGUGCCUAGGUCCCAUAGUAGGUCUCAGUCAACCUUUGCUGUUGCCUACACCGAGAUAGCACUAAACAUGCCACAAAAGCUAGGAUAUUUCCAUCUUGCCCUGCACUUCUUUCCUCAGUGGGCAUCUUCCUUGCUUCCAGCUCCUCCUUUCAAGUCUAGUCCUUGGGUGCUGGUCCACUGUGCAACACUGCUGAACUAGGAAACCUGGACAACACCUCUGCAUUGACACCCUGUUAUAGUUUAGCAUCUCAUUCUUUGACUUGUCCUUCAUUUUCUCCCCACCAGCAUCUCAGCAGUCCUCCUGGUCCAUUUCUCCCAGACACCUUCCUGCCUUCUUCUCCCCUCUCCAUUAGCUAUAAGGACACCUCUUUGUCCAAUUAUGCAAUCACCUACAGCAACUUCUCUCUUAAAAUCAUCUUGCAUCACAGAGAACAGCACCUGAAAACAGAUUAGGGAAGCAGAAAGUAGAGGCAAUGUUACUGCUGGUACGCGCAAACACUUUUGGCCAGAACGUCCUACUAUUUAUUAGCUAGAUUCACUUUCAUCUUUAAGUCCUCAUUCAUGUGUUUCCUCCAUCUCUUCAGGCUUUUCUUUUAAGCAGAAUCAGGUUCUUUGGGACAGAAAUAGUUAUUCCCGAAGUAUCCAUCCAGCACCUAGCACACAGUGGCCUGGUCUUGUUGCUCCUCUGAAAGGGUGAUCUUGUCAGAGGGAGGACUCGCUCAUCCCCUCGGCUGGGCCAUUUCUGCUACUCAGAAACCACAGCUGUUCCCUUCUGCCAUUGUAAAGUCUAGUGAAAUCCUGCUCUUGACCGUUCAAGAUGGGGAUUAUUCUUUGAGAAACUCUAAGGCUUUCUGUAUUCCACCAUAUUUCCAAAAGCGUUCCCUCAGCACCCCAUGUUCCGAGUCCUGAGAUUCUGAUCCCUUAGUUACGUGCCCAUAAUAGGGUCUGAACUCAUGAAAACAUGAAAUUAGCGGCUAGCUAGUUUUGUCUCGCAGCUUGCCACAGUCUUUCGGUGCCUGGCACACCACACAACAUGACAGAGCUCAUACAGGGAAAACCUACAAGUGACCUGUCCAGGACAGGUGAUUCUCAGCAAUUAGGUAGGAAAGCUUCUAUGAAGUGUUAUAUACGAUGAAUUUGAUUUAUUCUUGGAGAAAGUUGGAGUGCAAAUUCUAGCUGUCCCAAGACAGUUACAGAAAUUCAGAAAUCUUUUUGUUUAUACAAUGAGAUGAUGUAGCAUUCUUCUGAGGCCAUAAUGCAGUCCUUAUAGGUCUAUAGAGCAGAUUUCCAUAAAAUCUAUUCUUGAGUCAUCAUGACAAUGCCUAGUGCACUGAAUCAUGGAAAAACGAGUUCUGGGAGAGAGGAGUGGUGCACGCAGUAUUUGGCAUAUAAUAAGAGUCCUAUGGUAUGUAUGUAUACACACACAAAAACAUACAUAUAUACCUGUAUAUAUUCUGUUCAAGUCCUAGGAAUCCCCAGAGCAAUAAUGAGCUUUUUCUAUCACAAGGCAUAUAAUUUGUGUCCACUUUACACUGAUGAUAAAUCUCACAGCCAGAAUCUGCCUGCUGUGGCUCGGUAACAGCUGUCACUCUCCUGUCCCAUUCUCCAUAGCACAAACAACUAUUUAUUUUAGUCCGUUUAGAUCAAGUUUUCAUAUCUUGUUGCACAAACCAGCUUCUAGCACAUUUAGCACACUAGCAUAUUGUAUAUAGCAGAAAGUAGUAUUUCUGGCAUUACUUGUUUUAAAGUGGUGCUGGCAUAUUAACCCACACCCCUACCCUGGUGGAAAUUCUCUUUUCCCCCUCAGUGCUGAUAAUAUUUCUGUAACAGUGACAACGAACGGCAGAUUUAUAAGAAACACAUAGGGGCUGAUUCUGACCCCAGUGAAAAUCAGAUUCCUCCACAGAAGUCAGUGGCACAAAGUCAGAGUAAAGCUAGUUAAGUAAGACAGAGGUGCGACUCAAAGGGGAACAUGUCAAGUAGCCUAAACCCAAGCUUGUCAUAUUUUUCCAAAACUAAAUAUGGACAGAAGGGUUCCCAGAAAUUCAUCACAUUCUUUGAAUUAGAAAAUAUUCUUAAUGUAAAUCAUUUCUGGAGAUGUGAAAAUGCCUAUGCAUCAGCAUUUUCAAAUGAAAGCUAGCAUGAUGAAAUCUGUCCAUGCAAACAAGUGACCUUGACCUUCCAGUCUGUGGUCAAACUGAUUUUUUUUUUUUUUUUUUUUUUUUGUUUGGGUGGAUGUGAAACUAAAACACUUUUAAGGAGAAAAUCCAAACUGGGAGGAAAGGGUCAAAUAGGCAGCUCCUGCUAAAUGAACUAAUAAUAAUUAAAUGAUUUGAGGUUGACCCUUAUGUCUUCUAGGGGAAAAAAAUAGCACUUUUCACAACACAAACUUCAGAAGAGAAAAACAUUUUUUAAUACAAAAUCUGAUCAAAAUUUUAGUUUUUUAGUAAUUUUCUUCCUUCUUCUUCAUCCCCAUAAACACUAACUAUAACCCAAAUUGUUAAAAAGGUUCACUUACCCACCCCCUUCCCCUUCCUUUCAAAACCAAGUUUUGGCAAAUAAAAAUUAACUCACUCUCUGUGUAUAGAUAUGUAAACAUAUUUAAAUCACUCAUCUACAAAUAAUUACAGCUCCAGUCUUGCCAACAUAUACUUGUGCUAUAUUUAACCUAAAGCAUGUGGCUAUAGGGGUGUCAUUGUAAAAAAAAAAAAAAAAAAAAAAAAAAAAAAAGAAAAGAAAAAAAAGAAAAAAGAAAAAAGUGUGGGUCAACUUUCCUAUUCGGUGUAUGUGAGGACUCAAAUCUUCUUUGCUCAAGCUGAAAGCAGAUAAAGUAUCUUUUACCUGUGUUUACCCUUGACUACACCAUUAUAGAAGUAACCCUCCAAACGAAGGAGGGCUCGUCUGUACCACGCUCAGCAUAUGCAUGUUAGUCUAGAGGUGGAAAGCAAAAGGGCAGGUUCUGGAGCAAAACAUAUCCCGAAUGGUGAAGAGAAAAAUUAAGCUGUUGAGGUGAUUUCAGACAUAAUUGUUCAGGGAAUAUUAGGUUGAGCAGAUCCCCAGUAUGAAGGGACACUACCUGGCUACACAGAACUGCCAGCACAGACCAGAUUAAGGGAUUCUCUUGUGAUUUUCAAUGGUAUUCUCACCAACACAGUUAAACUGCAUUCAAGAAAUUUCAUUUUUCACCUCUGCAUGGUAUAACUGACCAUUCUGUGUUUCAUUUUAUUAAUCUCCUGAGUGGCCAAUCAUUUCAGAUGAGAAAUGAGGAGAAAAUUCAUUCUUUAGAAGAAUCAAACAAUGUCAAGAAUUUUUGCCCAGAUCUGGGUAUUAGACACCAGUAUAGCAUUUUGCUAUUGUUAUGUAUUUUCAUAUAAGUGAUUGUAUGUUGUCUUGUGCUUCUGUACUGAUGUGCAUCUUUACCAUUAGAACUGACUUAGCUUCUUGUUUCCAAGUUUUAUGAUAAUAAAAAUGCAAGUUAAUGCAAGUAUCUCUGAUGCUGGUCCCCUUCUGAAAGCACUAACCAAAUCACCCCAAUAAGAGCGAUCAUCUAAUGCAGCCAGACAAUGUUAACAUUUAAGAAACCUAUUUUGCUUUGUGCUAACGAGCAGAUGACCCUUUCUUCAUGCAGUUAGAAACAAAAGCAGAUGCCCCACCAGAGUGAAGUCGGAUUCAGACUUUCUUCCUUGCCCUGGGGGUUUCCAUAGAGACUUGUUUCAAACGACAAAAAGCAAGGACUGAGAAAUUUUUUUUCCUCUCCCAGUCCUCUCCCCUUUGCAGUGUGGAGAACAGCUGGUUUCUUUUAUUUUUAUUCUUUUACUUUUUGUUAUUUCUUAGUCUGUUUUGAAAAAGAAACUCUCGGGGGAAAGCAGUGCUCAUCAGAAACUGCAUCCUAGUUGCACUCCCAGUCCGCCGAGGCCGGGAUGGAUACAUCUCACUUGGCACACAAGGCAGAGGCAAACCAGGCCAUUCAAGCCACCUUUGAACACUGUCACCUGGCCAAAAAGCCAUGUUUGCCCUAUCCACAGCCUUACAGAAAAGCACCCUGGCCACUGGGAGCUUGUGCUCCCAAUUUCUUAGCUCCUGGCUACCAGGCACAACCAGAUUAGGAAAUAUUGACCUUUCCUUAGGCUUUCAACAAAAUAGCAUCCAUUAGAUUUGUAUUUCUUAUCCCAAGUAAUGUUAUCUUUGCCUCAGAAAGUCCUCUAGCUCCAAGAAUGCAAAAAAACUUUCUUUCCGCUAGCAAAACCAAAAAAUUCUCCCAGUAGGCAUAUUAUUUUAGGUUUCCACAAUUUUUGUCAUUUUGCUGGCUUUGAACUAAGGGUGUAAUUCUGAAAUUGAUCCAGAAGAGAUUUCUGGUUAAGAACCCUAUGCUCUGGCUGAAAGAAGGGGAUUUUUUUCCUGCUUAGGAGCUCUAACAGAGGAAAUGUAUUUGUCCUGGCUUUCAUCCAUUCUCACAUGCUUGAGAUGUUUUGCUAGCUUGUGGGUGGCUGCAUCAGUAGAACAGCCAGGAGCUAAUCAGAGUGUAGGGAUUAGACCACUUUCUUCUAUAUUACACCUGCACCUAAAAGGUUUGUUAAUCCAAUAGUUACCUCAAGAAUAGCAAAUGCAAAUUAUUUUCUUAAUUCUCUGCUUUAGCUCAAGCCAAGCUGAAACCCCUUGUUUUAUUGCUGUAUUACUCUCUCCCUUACCCAUAUGGAAUAAAACCCGAGUUAACAUCCUCUUUGUGGUCUAAAUACAUUGACACACACACAGUCCCUCCACACAAGCAUUGUAUUUCAUUUUGCCCAUCAUACAGAAGUUGUGUCUAUCUUAAAAAAUUUCUAGAGGCUGCCUCUCUAUUGAGUGGAGAAAGAUGGACAUUUCCAAAAGGCUGUAUGUUUUAGGGAAGGUGGGGAUAUUUGAGAUGCUGCUCUUCCAGAGCUAUACAGAGAUGGAUUAAGAUUAGAUACACAAUAUUUUGCUAACUAAAUGCCAGUAAAGAUAAUUGUAGCAUUCAGUGAAGGACACCUGUCUUCAACAGUUACUGACCAGCACUGCACACAUUUUCUGAGAGCUUUGAUAAAGUUAUCCAGCUCCUGUCUGGGCAGAAUAUCCAUAGUGCUUAGUACUGAUAUACAUAUAUUUAUAUAUAUGUAUUCUACAGAAUUCACCCCACAGAGCAUGAGACUCCCCACACCAGUUUAGUUUUCUUAGGUCUUGUCUGUUGGCCAAGAUGCUCAAUCACAGCUGGAUCUGUUGUUCUGCAGGACUGUUCUUGCAGGAAGACUCCUUUUCUAAGAGCUGUGGACAAGGCCAAUAUCACACUUAAUGUUUGCUUUUCACAGCAGAGCAUGGAGUUCACUCCUGCAGGGCACAGAGACUUUCCAUCUUCUUAGUAGUCUCCUAAGCAACUUGCAGAAUGGAGCACAAAUUAAGAUGAAUUGGAAGUGAUGCACACGCAGGGGACUGGUGCAGGCUAUAAGAAUUUGAGCCACUGAACAGGCAGCCAAAUGAGAGUGACUUUUUCUAAAGCAUUCAGCAUGUCAGAUUUUCAAAGGAAGUUAUGACUCCAUUGCUUGGUUUCUUUUGAAGACCUGGCAGCAAAACUAGGUACAAGUCUCUUAAAAAGUGCAAGUAGGAGCCAAGUCCAUCAAUGGCGACAGUUUUAAAUUCAUUGUCUUGUAAACAUUACUGCUAAGCCCUGUAAAUUAGCAGGAAAGGCAUUGCCUACAAAGUUGUAUCUCAGUUCAUUAUGCAUUGUAAGUCUGGAACAUCUGGAUUUUUUGCUGAAUUAUGAACUAAACUAGUUUUCCAGAUGCUCUUAUUUUUGCACAAAUCAAGCUAUGCUUUCAUUGAAGAGUUUUAUGUUAAAACAUCAGGAAGGCCACUGAAAGUGUUUGCUGCAUAUUUAUUGACACUAUGUAUAAAUAUCUUAAUUUUAUGUAAAAAAAGUAAAAAAGGAGUGAACUUUAGAUUUAUUGUAUUAGCUGUUUCUUUUAGUAGAUGGCUUUAAUGCCUUCUGACAAUAAAGUUUAUAAACAGUUCUUAAAAACCUGCUUUGUCUCAAGGCAAAAAAAGUAAAACCAUUUUGAUUCAUCUUGA